CCGUGACGUCAGGAGGGCCCGGGCGGCGCCCGGCUGGGCGGCGGGGGGGCGCCCCCAAGAUGGCGGACCAGAUCCCGCUGCGCCCGGUGCCGCGCAGCGCCCAGCGCAGGGCGGCCUAUUACAGCAGCGCCGCCGCGGCGCAGCGGCACAGCAGGUACCAAGCGGAAGAUGAGUCCUCUCAUUUGGAUGAAAUGCCACUAAUGAUGUCAGAAGAAGGCUUUGAAAAUGAUGAGAGUGAUUACCAUACUUUACCAAGAGCCAGAAUUUCUCAGAGAAGAAGAGGCUUAGAAUGGUUUAUCUGUGGCGGCUGGAAGUUCCUUUGCACUAGUUGUUCUGAUUGGCUCAUAAACAUUUGUCGAAGAAAGAAAGACCUGAAGGCUCGCACAGUGUGGCUUGGGUGUCCUGAAAAGUGUGAAGAGAAAUACCCCAAAAAUGCCAUAAAAAAUCAAAAGUACAACAUCUUUACCUUUAUACCUGGGGUUUUAUAUGAACAGUUCAAGUUUUUCUUGAAUCUCUAUUUUCUCAUCGUGUCCUGCUCACAGUUUGUACCAGCACUGAAAAUAGGCUACCUGUACACGUACUGGGCUCCUCUGGGAUUUGUUUUGACGGUCACAGUGGUACGGGAAGCUGUUGAUGAAUUUCGACGUUACAAGAGAGACAAAGAAAUGAACUCACAGUUAUACAGCAAGCUGACAGUACGAGGUAAAGUGCAAGUUAAGAGUUCAGACAUACAAGUUGGAGACCUCAUCAUAGUGGAAAAGAAUCAACGAAUCCCAUCUGACAUGGUGUUUCUGAGAACCUCAGAAAAAACAGGUUCAUGUUUCAUUCGAACUGACCAGCUGGAUGGAGAAACAGACUGGAAACUGAAGGUUGCUGUCAGUUGCACACAAAGAUUGCCAGCUUUAGGGGAUCUCUUUUCAAUCAAUGCUUAUGUUUAUGCUCAGAAGCCACAGCUGGAUAUCCACAGUUUUGAGGGUACCUUCACACGGGAAGACAGUGAUCCUGCAGUUCAUGAAAGCCUAAGCAUAGAAAAUACAUUAUGGGCAAGCACUGUUGUUGCUUCGGGAACUGUAAUUGGUGUUGUUAUUUACACAGGCAAGGAAACACGAAGCGUAAUGAACACAUCCAAUCCAAAAAAUAAGGUUGGCUUGCUGGACCUGGAGCUGAAUCAACUGACCAAAGCCCUGUUUUUGGCUUUAGUUGCACUAUCAGUUGUUAUGGUAACUUUGCAAGGAUUUGUAGGCCCAUGGUAUCGCAACCUUUUCCGCUUCCUCCUACUGUUUUCCUAUAUCAUCCCAAUCAGUUUACGUGUCAACUUGGACAUGGGUAAGGCAGCCUAUGGGUGGAUGAUUAUGAAAGAUGACAAUAUUCCUGGAACAGUUGUUCGAACUAGCACCAUACCAGAAGAGUUGGGACGAUUAGUUUAUUUACUAACGGAUAAAACAGGAACACUUACACAGAAUGAGAUGAUAUUUAAGCGCCUCCACCUAGGUACUGUUUCCUAUGGAACAGACACAAUGGAUGAAAUUCAGAGUCAUAUUAUAAACUCUUAUUCACAGGUGCACUCUCAGAACAGUGGGAACAGUACGAGCUCAACACCAUCCAGGAAGCCUCAAUCCUCUGCACCCAAAGUGCGGAAGAGCGUGAGCAGUCGGAUACAUGAAGCAGUGAAGGCCAUUGCACUCUGCCACAAUGUCACCCCCGUGUACGAAUCCCGGGCUGGUGUGUCUGCAGAGACAGAAUAUGCAGAAGUGGAUCAGGACUUUAGCGAUGAAAAUCGGACUUACCAGGCUUCCAGCCCUGAUGAGGUAGCUCUGGUGCAGUGGACAGAGAGUGUGGGUCUCACUCUGGUUAACAGGGACCUGACCUCAAUGCAGCUGAAGACCCCUGGUGGACACAUCCUGACAUACUAUAUCCUCCAGAUCUUCCCCUUCACUUCUGAAAGCAAGCGCAUGGGCAUCAUAGUUAGGGAUGAAUCUUCAGGAGAAAUUACAUUUUACAUGAAGGGUGCAGAUGUUGCCAUGUCCACUAUUGUACAGUACAAUGAUUGGUUAGAAGAAGAGUGCGGUAAUAUGGCACGAGAAGGACUGCGCACACUAGUUGUUGCCAAAAAAUCACUUACUGAAGAACAGUAUCAAGAUUUUGAGAGUCGCUAUAACCAAGCGAAGUUAAGCAUACAUGAUAGAAACCUGAAGGUUGCCGCUGUUGUGGAGAGUUUGGAGCGAGAAAUGGAAUUACUGUGUCUCACUGGAGUAGAAGAUCAGCUGCAAGCAGAUGUUAGACCAACUCUAGAGAUGCUAAGGAAUGCUGGAAUAAAGAUAUGGAUGUUAACAGGCGAUAAACUGGAGACAGCAACUUGCAUUGCAAAAAGUUCUCACUUAGUGUCUAGAAAUCAAGAUAUUCAUAUUUUCAGACCUGUUAUCACUCGAGGAGAGGCUCACUUAGAACUAAAUGCUUUUAGGAGGAAGCAUGACUGUGCCUUGGUGAUAUCUGGAGACUCACUUGAGGUUUGUCUCAAGUAUUAUGAGCAUGAAUUUGUAGAGCUGGCUUGUCAGUGUCCUGCUGUAGUGUGCUGCCGAUGCUCUCCCACCCAGAAAGCCCACAUUGUGAAACUGUUACAGCACCACACCGGGAAACGCACAUGUGCAAUAGGUGAUGGAGGAAAUGAUGUCAGCAUGAUCCAAGCAGCGGACUGUGGAAUUGGAAUUGAAGGCAAGGAGGGAAAACAAGCUUCUCUAGCAGCUGACUUUUCUAUCACACAGUUUAAACACAUAGGUAGGCUGCUGAUGGUACAUGGCCGAAACAGUUAUAAAAGAUCAGCAGCACUUGGUCAAUUUGUCAUGCACCGAGGCCUUAUUAUUUCAACUAUGCAGGCUGUAUUUUCAUCAGUCUUCUACUUUGCAUCUGUUCCCUUGUACCAAGGAUUCCUAAUGGUAGGGUAUGCAACCAUAUAUACCAUGUUUCCAGUCUUCUCUCUAGUAUUGGAUCAAGAUGUGAAGCCAGAAAUGGCAUUGCUAUAUCCAGAACUUUAUAAGGAUCUCACAAAGGGAAGAUCUUUGUCAUUUAAGACCUUCCUCAUCUGGGUUUUAAUCAGUAUUUACCAAGGUGGUAUUCUGAUGUAUGGAGCCCUGCUGCUUUUUGAAUCUGAAUUUGUACACGUCGUUGCCAUUUCCUUCACUGCCCUGAUCUUGACUGAGCUCUUGAUGGUUGCACUGACCAUACGAACGUGGCACUGGUUAAUGGUGGUGGCUGAAUUCCUCAGUCUUGGCUGCUAUGUGGCCUCUCUUGCAUUUCUAAAUGAAUACUUUGGUAUAGGCAGAGUGUCUUUUGGAGCUUUCUUAGAUGUUGCCUUUAUCACAACUGUGACCUUCCUGUGGAAAGUGUCAGCAAUCACUGUUGUAAGCUGUCUUCCACUUUACAUUCUCAAGUACUUGAAGCGCAAGUUCUCUCCUCCAAGUUACUCCAAGCUUACCUCGUAAAAGUGAUUAUAUUCCUCUGGUUUUCACUCACACCAGUCUGCAGAUUGCAUAUUCACUGUGCUAUAGUGUCUAUGGAUUCAUGCUGGACUAAAGAAACUUAAAAAAAAAAUAAAAAGGGAUAAUGUGAAUAGAGCACAAAAAGAGGAAACAUCUGAGAGAUACAAUAACACAGAAGUACACUAACAACUAUCAGAGAUAAACUAAAUUUUCUUUGUGUUGAUUUUCUUUUUUUCUUUCAGUUGUUAUGAUUAUAAAAUAAAACCAAAUUACCUUUGA